UCUCACCUGUCUCGUUCCCGCCCACGCGCUUCUAUCUCUCACCAGCAGACCGCGCCGCCGCCGCGCCACCGCUCUCCGGAUCAUCGGCCGUCCACCUCCUCCUCCUCCUCGCCCGCUCACCGGCCGUCCCUGCUGCGGUGCCGUCCACUUCCUCUCCCUGCCGCCGUAGCUCGCACAACCCCCAUCUCGCCCUCUUCCUUCUUGCCACACCGUCGCUACCACCGCCCCGCGCUGAGAGGGACCGACGCCAUGGACCUCCUCGAGAAGAUGAUGGCGCUUGACUCUGCACAGGAUCAGCUUUGGUCAAAUCUAUCUCAGCAAGCCAAUGAUGACUGAAGCCGAUGGAGAGACAGCUACUUUAUUUCCAAAAUCAGCAAGGCUCAGGAACUUGACAUACUCUGCACCACUGUAUGUUGAUGUGUCAUACAGAGUAAUGAAGAAAGGACAUGACUGUGAGGAAGUUACAGAGACUGCAGAGUAUCCAAAAGUGUUUAUUGGGAAGGUUCCAAUCAUGUUGCGCUCUAGUUACUGCACACUGUAUCAAUAAUCUGAGAAGGAUCUCACUGAACUUGGGGAGUGUCCUUAUGACCAAGGUGGUUAUUUCAUUAUCAAUGGAAGCGAAAAGGUUCUUAUUGCCCAGGAGAAGAUGAGCACUAACCAUGUCUAUGUUUUUAAGAAGAGGCAUCCUAAUAAAUUUGCAUAUGUGGCUGAAGUCCGUUCCAUGGCUGAGAACCAGAACAGACCAGCCAGCGGCAUGUUUGUACGGAUGCUUUCACGAGCAGGAGCAAAAGGGGGAUCAUCUGGUCAAUAUAUCCGUGCUACUCUACCUUAUAUUCGUCGAACUUACCUGCGUUGGAGAAGACAUUGAUGAUUUGCAGUACACACCUAAACCCGAAUUUGAGGGGUAUUUUAGAGUUAAGAAUGUUCAAACUGAGUUGGAUCUACUUAAAGCAUGGUUUUCUCACAUGCAAGAGGUUAAGCCUGGCAUUUAUGUUACAUACAACGAUGACUUUUUUGACUGGCCAUUUUUAGAGAAGAGGGCUGCACACCAUGGAAUAAAAAUGAAUGAGGAGAUUGGUUUCCAAUGUGACAAUAACCAGGGCGAGUGUCGGGCUAAAUUUUCUUGCCAUCUUGACUGUUUUGCUUGGGUGAAGCGAGACAGUUACCUUCCACAAGGAAGCCAAGGUCUAAAGGCUGUUACAAAAGCCAAGCUACGUUACGAUCCUCUGGAGGUUAAUCCAGAAGAUAUGGUUCGCUUUGCAAUGGAGCAGCCACAGACAAUGGCUUCGUAUUCUGUAUCAGACGAUGUUGCAACAUACUAUCUAUACAUGACUUAUGUCCAUCCUUUCAUCUUUUCUCUUGCAACCAUAAUACCUAUGUUACCUGAUGAGGUACUGUGGAAAGGAAGUGGGACACUUUGUGAAAUUCUGCUAAUGGUUCAGGCAUUCAAGGCUGGAGGCACAUAACUAUGAAUAGUGCAUCUUCUAAAAUCUCUCACUAAAUCAGCCAGCUCUUCUCACUAAAUCAGCCAGCUCUUCUGCUUGUCCCAUUGUCAUCCAGAUACUUAUUUGGGAUGUUGAAGUACAACCAAAUAGACAUGCUGUCCUAGGAGCAAGCGAGUCUCGCCCUGAUCUGCACGAUUACUGGGGGUCUAGGAAUAUUUGCAACAUUGUUUCCAAGCUGGAUAGCCACAUGUCAGUACUUAGCUGAAGAUAUGCUGAUGGAAUGGGUUUACAAGCCCCAUAUAAUAAAUCAUAACAGUGCGGGAGCAUUUUUUGGAUGUCCUUCACACAGAUGCAGGCAAUGAAAGAAACAGAAAAUAGACAAUGUUAGCGCGGAGUGAGACAGAUAGGAAUUGGGAUAGAAUCAUCCUUGUUCUCAGAUCAGCUGUACAUUCUUUAUUAUGGUAGUAUAUCAUACCUGUACGAGUAGACUGACGGUUGCUUCCAAAUACUCCAUGUGUUUGAAAUAUGUAUUGUAUGUGAUAUUCUGUGUUGCAUGUGAUUUUAUGUUUGUCUAAUUUUUUA